AAAUUUUUAUAGUUGUAACUAAAAUAAUUAUAUUUAUAGAGAAAUACAGCUUUUGUAGGAGUAUAAUAAUAUUUUUUAUUUACAUUAUAGUCUUUUAACAAAAUUUUAGUUUUAAAAAAAUUCAUAAGUUUAUGAAAAUAUUUUAAAAGUUAACAAUAAAUAGGGUUAGUUAUCAACUUUUAUAAACAAAAUAUAUAUUUUGUAAAAUUAAAAUAAAAUCUUUUAAGAAUAUUCUUUUAUAAAAGUAAAAAUAGAGAAAUACAUUGGAGAUAAACUCAUCUCUAUUUUAGAGAUGUUCUAUUUUAAAGAUAAAAAUAAAGGAAUACAUCGGAGAUGAUCUAAACCUAUAAAAAAAAAAAGGGUAAGAUUCUUAUGCGUCAAGGUAGCUUCUGCCUGUACGAUCGUUGCAUACUACUGUGAAAAUGUGGGUGUGUUUAAUUUUCAUGAAAUUUUUUUUUUUUAUUAUUUAAUUUUUGUGGGAUUAAAAAUUAUCCGAAAAGUAAAUCGAGAUGUCUGGAUGAUUGGGACCCAACAAGCUUUGAUAUGUGUCGGUUUGAUUAGUAUGGUUUCCCGAACCAUCGGAUGAAAUCAGAGAGAGAGAGAUAGGAAUGUUUGGGUGCAAGUGUCUCUGUUGGAACAAUCUCACAGAAUUUCCGCCAUUGAAGCAACCCCAAACCUUCUCCCUCCCUGCUUCUCUUCCCCACUGGCCUUCUGGUCAAGGCUUUGCUUCGGGAAGAAUCAAUCUUGGAGACUUAGAAGUAGCCGAGAUCACAUCAUUUGAAUUGAUAUGGCGAUACGUCUCUCCUCGAGACAAGAACAAGUCUGUCUCGUUCUACAGACCCGACAACUUACCCAACAGUUUCCACUGUUUAGGACAUUACUGUCAGCCUGAUUCCCACCUCUUGAGAGGUUUUGUUCUUGUAGCUAGAGACAUCGUCAAGUCUGCACUUGCAAAGCCACUUGAUUAUACAUUGGUCUGGAGCUCAAACGACUUAUCAGAAGACGAACCUAAAAGCGAGGGCUGCGCUUACUUCUGGUUACCGAAGCCUCCUCGAGGGUAUAAACCGGUCGGAUUCUUGGUUACAACGAGUCCCACGAAACCUGAUUUGGAUCAAGUUAGAUGUGUUCGAGCUGAUCUAACCGAUAAAUGUGAAGCACGUAGAGUCAUUAUCACUGCUUUAUCGGAUUCUUUAAGAGUUCCUUUGUUUAUAUGGAAAACGAGACCUUCAGACCGCGGAAUGUCGGGAAAAGGAGUCUCUGCAGGUACAUUCUUCUGUAGAACUCCGUUGAUGAUCUCCGCGGAGGAGAUGGAAGAAGAAGAAGAAGAUCGUCUCUGUAACAACAUUGCUUGUUUGAAAAACCUUGAUCCAAGUUUACACGCAAUGCCAAACUUAGACCAGAUCCAUGCUUUGGUUCAACACUAUGGUCCGAGAGUCUUCUUCCACCCUGAUGAAGUCUAUUUGCCUUCUUCAGUCUCUUGGUUCUUCAAGAACGGUGCCGUUUUGUGCAGCUCUGAUAACCAAGAACCUGUUGAUGAAAACGGCUCCAACUUGCCUCAUGGUGGAGCCAAUGAUAAACAGUUUUGGAUUGAUUUGCCGAAUAAUGAUGAACAGAGAAACAAGUUUCUGAAGCGAGGAGAUCUAGAAUCCGCCAAGCUCUACGUUCACGUUAAGCCAGCGUUUGGAGGAACGUUUACUGAUCUUGUGUUUUGGAUUUUCUGUCCUUUUAACGGACCAGCGACUCUAAAACUCGGCCUCAUGAACCUCUCAUUGGCCAAAACCGGUCAACACGUUUGUGACUGGGAGCAUUUCACUCUCCGGAUCAGCAACUUCUCCGGCGAGCUUCACGCUGUUUACUUCUCUCAGCAUAGCGGGGGAGAGUGGGUCGAAGCUCAAGAUCUGGAGUUCGUGGACGGAAGCAAUAAAGCUGUGGUUUACUCGUCCAAGCAUGGUCACGCCAGCUUUGCCAGGUCCGGGAUGUAUUUACAGGGGUCAGAUUUGCUUGGGAUUGGGAUAAGGAACGAUACAGCGAGAAGCGAUUUGUUUGUGGAUUCGUGUUCCAAGUAUGAGGUUGUUGCGGCGGAGUAUCUCGGAGGGGCGGUGGUGGAGCCGCCGUGGCUUGGUUAUAUGAGAGAGUGGGGACCGAAGAUUGUGUAUGGAUCGAGAACGGAGAUUGAGAGGUUGAAUGAGAGAUUACCAUGGAGGCUGAGGUGUUGGGUUGAUGCAGUGUUGAGGAAGCUUCCGGUGGAGUUAUCAGGCGAAGAAGGACCAACGGGACCCAAGGAGAAGAAUAAUUGGUUUGGUGAUGAGAGAUGGUGAAUGGUGAUUGUUUUCCCGUUGGAACAGAAACCUCUAUUUUUGUAAUGAGCUAAUUAAUAUGUGUGAUAUAUAGUGUUUUACUUGCCACCAAAAUCUGUUAAUGGGUCCUUCCUUGUCAAGUGACCAAAUAGUAAAAUAAAAAUUUAUAUAGUAGUUUUUUUUUGUGAAAGAUAUAUUAAUCAAUUAUAAAAUUUUAUAUGGUAUCUAUUUAUCUAUAUAUAUAAAUAUAAAUAUAUAUAAAGUUGACUUGUGUGAUGCACACAGCCCUCCACAUCAUCAGAAAGCAUGGGGCUUUUUCUGCCACGUGUCAUGUCAAUAUUUAAGCAUUUCGUGUUUAUGUUUCGGUGAGUUACGUUGAGUGGGCCAAGUAUUGUGUCUGAAAAAUUCAUCGGGUUCUGUUACUGUUUUCAUACAGGCCCAGAUGUUAAUAGUUUCUUUUCCUUUUGUUGGAGACGCAAAGCAAAGCCGCCGAUGAUGAUUUUGGCCGACAGUCUUCUCUGUGUGAAACGUUAACGGUCCAGCUUCUCCUCCUCAUUGAUGAUUCUGAGAAACGUCUGCAGUUAUGGUAUUCAAUCAACUUCGUCCACUUCUUGAGCUUCAAUUCAUCGAUACAAUAUUUCUAGACUCUCUGUUCAGUUUUCUCUUGGAGAUGUUAAGUCUGUACGCUUCGUGGAGAUUUUUCUUUCAUCUCUGCUAGAGAUUUUAUUGCUCAGCAAAGUCAGAUUUUUUGGGAACUCAUAUUCCAUGUGAAGAUAUAUUAUCAACAUAUAUCUCUCUUGGAAAGGGCCUCCCAAUCUCCCAUCAAUAGAACCUCAAUGGUAUUCUCGCCGACGAUCAUUAAAUCCUGUCGCAACCUCCCUUUCUUGCAUUGUCUCUAAUAGCUUCAUCAGUAAAACAAUUGCGGAUCUGGACAUCACUGAAACUCUUCAUCAUAGAGAUAAAAAAACACCGCAAACAUGAAGUCGAACAUCUGAUUGUGCAACAACCAUCAGAUUCAACUAUUGAAGAAUCAGUUUUAUUUACUACAAGAAACAGUCUUUAGGUGACUCGAUCUCUUACCUUCUCUCAUUGCUGCCAUCAUGUUUGCUUCUAUUGAGCUGACUUCUUUCCCUAGACUAAUAGCCUUACCAACAUCAGUGUCUUUUUGACUAAUAUAUCGAAGUCUUUGCUUAUUAAUCUAGAACCGUUUUUGGACAAACAAAUUUCCUGCUGUUCACUUUAUCUCAGGUGAUUUGGAAAGGAAGAGCCUAAGAUAUAACAUGUGGAGAGCUAAGAAAAAAGAGGAUGUAGACCAUUGACACCAGAAGUGAUUGGUUCACUUCUUUCAGCUUCAGUUUCUCCUUGAUAUGUCACGUUAUACUCUACCGGAUCUUUUGCUCUUGAUGUAGCAUUAGUAGUUGGUGGCUCUCUAUAUCUCUUCGUCAUACUACUUUUUCCAAAAAUUAUGUGUCCAUUGUUAAUAUAGAGAUAUUACUGGUUUCAAUUUUGGGUUGCUUCUGAUUGUUUUCUUAUUAAUAGGGACAUACUGUGGAUAAAUAGGGUCCUGAAGCAUAGAAACAAGGGGUUAUUUUAUGUUUCUUUAACUCUAUGACUAUGUUCUUUACUGAACCAUAUUGGAUUCGAAAGGUCUGAAUUUUCUAAGAAAUGUAUCUUUGCGUACAGGAACUUGUGUGUUUGUAGUUUGUACAUACUGAGCAUGCUAUUGACUCCUCACUUGCUAGGGUAAUCUGUAUAAACACAGAAAAUCUACUUCUAGCACAGCCUAAUUUGUGCGACCAAACCCUUAGUCUUGUGGAUACUUAAAUCCAAAGUGGUUCGCUUGAUGUUAUUAAUGCUGACAGUGUAAUUAAGGUGAUUCAUAUGAGAUUAAUAAUGGAUCGAUGAGUUUGGUCUGAGCUCUUUAUUUCUCUCCUCACGGUUUUAUGUUAUUUUUUUUUAACAGGAGCACUUGAGGAUGAGAUUGGCGAAUGCUCAUAUGGUUAUCCAAGCCAGCUUGAUGAGCCAAACUUUGCAUAAACUGAGCCACUCUUUGUCGUUAUCGCUUAAUUGACUUCCUUGGCAUGUACAUCUCAGAAGGACAAUACCAUCUCCAACACUUAUCUUCUUUAUAAGUCAGAGAGAGCAACACUUUCUGCAUUUGGAGGAUUUGGAGGUCCAACAGAAGUUACUUGGGGUGGGAAUUUCUUAAGUUUUAUAUGUCUGAAUAUCAGGUCAGGAAAGGUGAAGAUGUAAUCCAAACCUGGUCACAAAUUUUGAGUUUAAUGUUGCCUUUACUUAACUGGGCUUUCAUGUAUGUUGUCUCCUAAGUUUUCAACAUAUACUGAUCAUGAAAAGGAUCAAGAUUUUUACAUAUACUACCA